AUGGGAGCAGGCAGCGUCCCGGUCGGCCUCCGAGGGCCCGUCCAAGGGCCCGUCGGGGAAGAGGACGAUGAAGGGUAUGCAUUUGCCUGGGGUCUGUUUACUUGGGUUGGUUGUGGGUUUGGGGGACGGGAUUAUGGUAAACGAACAGCGGUGUUUUUGUACGAUAGGAGCGGUCUUGACCGGCGGCGGCACCGCAGAUGUACCAUACCCAAGUGUUGAAAAUGCGCGGGGGAUUGGGUGUGACCACCUGCAAGGAAAUGGAAGAAGAAAAAAUGGAGGAAGAGGACGAGGAAUGCGAGAUAGGCGGAGAAAAUAGGGGGAGUAGUGGAUGACGGGUCUACAAGGAAAAUGAGAAGAAAGGGGGAUGGGUUGAGAAGGGGGUUGGGAUGGGGACACUGAUAUGGAUCUGAUUUGUGCUGAUUUGGGUAUUCUUGUGGGUGUGUCUUCUGGGUCUUUUAUUUUCUCGACUUUGGUUUGGUGAUGGGUUUUGGCUAUGGAAACA